AUGGAAGAGGUGAAAAGACGUGCGGAAGCGGGACGUAAGAAGGCAGUGGACCGAAUUGCCGCGAUCAACGAAGAGUUAAACGAGACGCGUCGUGAGAAGGAUCGUUUACAGCAGACUGAAGUGGAUUACAAGCGAUUGUUACAGGAGAGGGAACGUCUCGUCAAGAAAAUCGACUAUCUGACGGAAGAAUUACAUGAAACACAUACGGAUUAUCGUGGAGAGCUGGCGAAGUUAGCGAAGCAAAUGAACGAAACGAAACGCAAUGACGCAUCCGGAAGUGAAUCGUCGGCGAUUAAGGUUGAAGCAUUGGAAACGGAAAAACGUCAAAUGGAGAGUACACUGAGAUCAAUGGAACGUCAGGUGGAACAGUCCAAGAAUGAAUGCGAUUUACGUGACAACGAGGUGAAAGAGCUUCGCGCUUCACAGUGUGAACUUAUCGAAGAAAACGCUAAAUUACGUGAUGGUCUUGCAAUAGCUAUUGCAAAGGCUGAGAGAUUCAAGGAAGACUUGGAAAUUGUGAAGGAUGCGAAUAGUGCGUUGAAUGAGGAUUUAAAGAAAUUACGAGAUGAUAAGAGUAACGCAACUGUACGAGCGGAUACGUUACAACAAGCAAUAGGUGAAAAGGAGCGAUUAGUCGCAUACUUACAG